AUGAUAUUGUCUUCAGACUUGGAAUGUGCUUCCCUGGGCUCACAAGAAUACAUUAUGUCCCACAAGGACGAAACUGACGCAGAUGACAAUAAAGACGGGAGAGACGCCAACCGUAUUACGGUUCCAGACGAUGGCUACGGUUGGUUCGUAGUUGUGGCCCACUUCUUCUACAAUUUCUCACAGUGGGGCGCCAACGCAGGGCAUGCGGUAUAUCUAGCAGCGGCUACUAGCUGAUCGCACUAUAUGCGUGAUGUACCAUGCUAGGCCAUGUGGUUUUGUUUUCGAUGUCCACUUUUACAGUAUCUCUUGGCUAUUCGCAGCACGGCUGUUCCAUUGUCUCUUGCAUGGUAAGUGUCGGCGCUCUAUUAUGAAGGCCGACAAUUGGCUACAUUACCGAUAUUAAUGCGCCCGUUACCGUCAGCAUCGUGGUACACUCUAUUGUGUCAGUACUCUGCUUAGCCAUGUGGAUAACAUGCAGUAAUUUCGCAGCCGCAUUGGUCUUUUCGUUGAAUGUGGGAUUGUUCAUGGGUUCCAUCUGGACGGUGUUAUCGCCGAUAGUGACUCGAGUAGUAGUAGACUUGACCAAAAUGAGCGUCUGUUUGGGUAUGAGAUGGAUAUAUCUCAGCGCUUACAGUACGAUAGCACCCAUCAUCGGCCUGGAAUUGCGAAAGUCAUGCGCAACGUCGGACAAUCAUUACAGUGGGACCGCGGUAUUUGCUGGACUGAUGUACUUCGGCUCAGUAUUGGCAUUAUGGCUUUUGAGAGGUUUCUUAGUGACCCGAGAUCGGAGGGCCAGGAAGGCUCAUAUAAGCUUUGACGACGGAGAGCUUCAUCUCAAAUUCUCACGCCAGCAAUGGUCAGCAGGACUUCUCGAGUUCCCCCAACUA